GCUUCUUGUAGAUAAUCCUGUUUCAACGAAACCUACAUGGCGCUUUAACUCUAGCGCCUCGAGGGACAAAUACACGAAAAACACUGGGUGAGCUCAUAUUUUACUGCGACGGAACUGCAUCCGAGAACUUAAACAAACGCGGCUAUUUUUUUUUGUACCUUUGUCCGAGUUUCCGAACGUUUAUACCGUUCGAGAGGUACUUUUAGUGCGUUGUUGACACUCAACACCGUUGGAACGAACAAAGAACCGAGACGCAUGCGUAGCUCGGUUCUUCCCUUUUCUUACUUGAUUUCGUGUAUUUUCAAACUUCUUUUCGAGAAUCACACACGCAAGUUCUUUUUAAUCUCUUCUUAUUUAUAAAGUUUCCAAGUCCUCGUUCAGUGCGCAUUGGCUACAUUAGCCUCGUAACUGUAGCCCCCCCCCCCUCUCCUGCCGUCGUAACUCGGGACAAAUGGCCGAGGUGUACGUCCGCGUGGCCGAGGAGGAGAACGAGGAGCCCAUGGAGAUCCCGUCCGAGGACGACGGCACCGUUCUUCUGUCCACGGUGUCGGCCCAGUUCCCCGGAGCGUGCGGCCUCCGCUUCAGGAGCCCCGUGUCCCAGUGCAUGCGCGGCGUGCGGAUUGUCGAGGGAGUCCUGCACGCCCCGGAGACCGGUUGGGGGAACAUGGUCUACGUGGUCAACUAUCCGAAAGAUAACAAAAGGAAAAUGGAAGAAAUCGAUGCCUCGUCGGCUGUGAAAAUGAAGCGUGGCGACAUGAAGACAUCGGACCUUAUCGUGCUGGGUCUUCCUUGGAAAACGACCGAGCAGGACCUGAAAGACUACUUCAGCACUUUCGGGGAAGUCAUCAUGGUGCAGGUAAAACGAGACGGUAGGUCGGGAAACUCCAAAGGGUUUGGCUUUGUGCGCUUCACAGAGUACGAAUCCCAAGAAAAAGUCAUCGCCCAGCGCCACAUGAUUGACGGCAGAUGGUGCGAUUGCAAGUUCCCCAACUCCAAGGUGAAUAUGAUGCAAUGCCCGGACGAGCCGAUGAGGAGCCGCAAAGUCUUUGUGGGACGUUGCACGGAGGACAUGACCACCGACGAGCUGCGGCAAUUUUUUAUGCAGUACGGAGAAGUCACGGAUGUCUUCAUCCCCAAGCCGUUCCGCGCUUUUGCUUUCGUCACGUUUGCGGAUGAUCAGGUUGCUCAGGCUCUAUGCGGCGAAGACCUGAUCAUCAAGGGCGUCAGCGUCCACAUCUCAAACGCGGAGCCCAAACACGGCAACAGGCAGUUCGACCGCACCGGGCGCUUCGGCAACGGCUUCGGCGCCCAGGCGUUCGGGGGCGGUCGCAGCGGCAUGGGGAGCAGCUCCAACAGUAACAUGGCCAACUUCGGUUCCUUCAGCCUGAACCCCGCCAUGAUGGCGGCGGCGCAGGCGGCCCUGCAGAGCAGCUGGGGGAUGAUGGGCAUGCUGGCCAGCCAGCAGCAGUCGUCCACGUCGGGCGGCGGCGCCGGCGGCGCCGGCUCCGGCCGAGACCAGAGUCAGUCGUUCAGCGCGGGCAACAGCAACUACGGCGGCGGCUCGGCCAGCCUGGGCUGGGGCACCGGUGCAAACUCCACCAGCGGCGGUAGCGGGUUUAGCUCGGGGUUUGGGUCCAGCAUGGAGUCAAAGUCGUCCGGGUGGGUUGACCUCUCUUCCGUUUCCCUGCGAGGAAGCUCCAAUAUGGCAGCAUUGUCGCGGGGGCGAUAAGCGCAAUCACUCUCCCUCUUCCCGCCUGUGUAAAUGCUAUGCCAUCAAACAACGGCUUCACUCGGCAUGUUCUCACGAGACGGGACCUUGGGCUCCGCUGGUCGAGGUCUCCAUUUGAACCCCGACUGAAGGACGAAGACGGAAGUUCCAACACUUUGAGUGUGUGGCCUUCUCAGACACGCGGUAGUACUUGUCUUUUUGCUCACUUUCUUAGCUUGUGAGAGAGAGAGAAUGCUUUUUUUCCCCCUCUGCUUGUAUGGCGAAAGAGAGUUUCUGAUGCAACGCUGUGCGUGUUUGGAUAACAGGGUCUCUUGUUUACAUACUCGUUUGGUGAUUGGACGACUGCCUGGCAAAUUUCACAAUUGUGGGAAUGGUCACGGGUGUUGUGCGCGAUGUCAAACGUCAUCAGGAAGUUUGGGCGCUCGGUGCCGACUCGUCAGCAAAACAAACGGAUUCGCGUUGCAGGUCCAAGCGCCCAAUUACGAUUUGAUAUUCACGGUUUUAGUUUUGUCCCCGGGUAGGAUGUUAAGAACCUCGCAAUUUGAUUGAUACCAUAGGUUGAGAUUCGAUGUUGACGUAACUUAUUUUGUCGAUUCAGUAUGAAUUAGAGAAACACAAUACCUUUUGACAGUUUUGAAACGUCUUAUUUUCAUGCACAUGUGGGUGCCGCCUCACAUUUUUGAGCAAUAAAACAUCUUUGGGAAAAUAACUUGUAGAUCAGUUAAAAAAAAGGCAUGGCAGUUCUAUCUGUACAAACACCGAAAACAAUUUAAUCGAGUCGUAGUUGUCGAAUUGAUAUUGAAUCAGUCUUCCUCGGGAUAUAUUUCAGUGGACACUUAAGCAACGAGACUGUUUAUAAUGCCGGAACACGUGAGAUAAAUAUUUUUCUCAUUUGCAACGUCGCUCAUACGUAUUGUCAUAACCUCCCGCCAGCAAAAACAUUGAGGGAAAAAGAAGCGAGUAGGGGUCGAUGUUUGGAGAACAUUCGAUGUCAUUUCACACAGACGUCAAUUAAAGUUUUUGUCGUGUUACAUUUCAGUUGUCUCCUUGGACGUGAUGUUAGCAAUUCCGACACGUUUUCAAAUGCUCGACACUGUAAGUCUUGACUCUAAUCGCGCGUCGGCUUUCCCAACACUUAUUCACCACUUGCCCGCAACACAGAUUUGUUAUGACUUGCAAAUAUGUAGACAGUGUUGAUACGAUGCUUAUCUAUGACAUGGAAUGAUUAAAAAAAAAAAAAAAAGAGUUCCUAGUUAGACUGUAAUUGCAUAACAA